GUGCUGCCCCCCACCAUUCCUCUGGUAUAUUCAUCUACUUGUCUCUGAUUUGACGCAGACACUGACAUUUGUUGUGCGGAGGCACAACAGUUUUCUAAAGAGUGUCCUCUAUGAAUUCCCCAGUCUGAGUUCCCUACCCAAAACAUAUACUAGUUGUAAGCUUGUUUGGUGACUGAAACGCAAGCAUUAUUGAUGCCAGACUAAACCAGAUAACUGACAUUUUUUCAGGAGAUCAGCAAUGACAGCCCUAUACUGACAAAUUUCUUUAAAGUAAUUGUCUGUUGAAUUCAUAUUUCCUGUUUUUACCUUGUUACACAAAGUUUUGCAUUGAAUUUUGAAUGAAAAUAAAACAAAAAAAAUGUCAUUGACUCACGAUGGCCCAGGCCUGCACAUGGUUACAUUCAGUCACAUCCUGUUUUAAAGAGAUUUGUUUGAUUUUCCACCCAGCCAAACUCUCACACAUCGUCUUGUUUUGAUCAUCUGUAAGGCGUUUCAGUCUCCUAAUUGAAAAAUAUGAGCAUCAUUUUUCCAUCAGACUAUGGUGUAAUCAUUCAUUCUAUCCCUAAUGAUUAUCGAACUAGGCGUAGUACAUUCCUAAUGCUGGCAUUAACUUUAUCACCGUGAAAGUUCCACCUCCCAUCGAUCUGCCCUGGCUUGAAUUUUGGGAGGUGACACUUUUAUCAUUAAAUUUACAGACAUAAUUUAGUAAGUCAAUUACAUGCAUGUUUCUUAUUCAACAUGGUGUGACCUGCAAACAGAUUUUAUUUAAACUUGCACAACGAUCGUGUAAUGUUCCUGCAUAGAACACCUCUACAGUCAGAGGGCCGGUAAAGAAUUGCUUCCAAGUCAGGACUUGCGCAAACAGGUAGCCCCGUUGUUAAAGAGUUUCCAAGCAGAGAUCGAUGCAUUAAGUAAAAGAAGCAAAGAAGCUGAAGCUGCCUUCUUGAAUGUCUACAAGCGAUUAAUUGAUGUCCCAGAUCCUGUACCUGCCUUGGAUCUGGGACAGCAAUUACAACUAAAGGUUCAACGGAUGCAUGAUAUCGAAACAGAAAACCAGAAGCUUAGAGAGACAUUAGAAGAAUACAACAAAGAGUUUGCUGAAGUAAAAAACCAAGAGGUUACAAUAAAAGCACUUAGAGAGAAAAUCCGGGAAUAUGAACAGACCCUGAAGAACCAGGCGGAAAAUCUGGCUCUAGAGAAAGAACAAAAGUUACAAAAUGACUUUGCUGAGAAGGAGAGAAAGCUGCAAGAGACUCAGAUGUCUACGUCUUCCAAGCUGGAGGAGACUGAACACAGAGUCCAAGUUCUGCAAGCAGCUUUGGACAAGUCUCAGACAACACUAUUUGACCUGAAAACAAAGUAUGAUGAAGAGACAUCAGCAAAAGCUGAUGAGAUUGAGAUGAUUAUGACCGACCUUGAAAGAGCCAAUCAGAGAGCAGAGGUGGCGCAGAGAGAGGCAGAGGCCUUAAAGGAACAGCUCUCAUCACUCAACAAAUCUCUACAGCAUGCCCCACAGACGCAGAAACCGCCCGAUACUGAGCAGACGCUGGAGGGAGCGGCAUGCUCCAAUAUGGAGGUUGAACUUACGGCUAAGGAGAGGGAAAUUGCCCAGCUUGUGGAAGAUGUACAGAGGUUACAGGCCAGUCUUACUAAACUUCGAGAAAACUCUGCCACUCAAAUAUCGCAGCUUGAGCAUCAGCUUAACACCAAGAGCAACAAUCUUAAGCAACUUGAAGAAAAACUGAAAGGGCAGGCUGAUUAUGAAGAAAUAAAGAAGGAACUCAACAUUUUGAAGUCCAUGGAGUUUUCCCAGUCUGAAGGACCAGGCGGUCAGGAUGCAUCGAAACCAUUGGAGGUUUUGUUGCUGGAAAAGAACCGCUCCCUGCAGUCGGAGAAUGCCACGCUGCGAAUUAGCAACAGCGACCUGAGCGGGUCAGCCAGGAGAAAAGGGAAAGACCAGCAUGAAACUCAGCGCCCUGCAACCUUGCCGACCUCCCCUCCCUCUCAGUUGCUCCGCAACGCAGGGGAGCAGGUUUCCAAUACUAAUGGUACACACAAGUUCUCACCAACGGGUUUAAACCAAGACUAUUUCAGCUUAUCCAUUGCAAGCCCUUCUUUGCCCUUGGCCUCCACGGGGAAAUUUGCACUAAAUUCACUUCUCCAGCGACAGCUUAUGCAGUCCUUCUACUCCAAGACAAUGCAGGAAGCAGGAAGCACAAGCAUGCUUUUCUCAACAGGUCACUUCAGCACAAACUCCAUAUCUUCCCAAAGUCCACUGCAGCAGCCAAGCCCGGACAUAAAUGGCAUGGCUCCUUCACCGAGCCAGUCAGAGAGCGCUGGAAGCGUCUCAGAAGGUGAAGAUAUAGACACUGCAGAAAUUGCACGUCAAGUGAAAGAGCAGUUGAUCAAGCACAAUAUUGGACAACGUAUCUUUGGACAUUAUGUACUGGGAUUAUCACAAGGGUCUGUGAGCGAAAUCCUGGCCAGGCCCAAACCUUGGAAUAAAUUAACUGUACGAGGGAAGGAGCCUUUCCACAAGAUGAAGCAGUUCCUGUCCGAUGAGCAGAACAUCCUUGCACUACGGAGUAUACAAGGCCGACAAAGAGAAAAUCCAGGCCAGAACCUGAACAGACUGUUUCAGGAGGUACCGAAAAGAAGAAAUGGGUCUGAAGGAAAUAUUACCACACGGAUAAGAACCUCAGAGACAGGCUCAGAUGAUGCCAUUAAGUCUAUUCUAGAACAAGCCAAAAGAGAGCUGCAGGUGUUAAAGACUGUUGAGCCGGCUCAGCCCUCUUCAGCAUCUAGCAGUGGUAAUUCUGAUGACACUAUUCGGUCCAUUCUACAACAAGCAAGACGAGAAAUGGAAGCCCAGCAAGCUGCUUUUGAACCUGCCUUAAAAACGGCAUCUCUGUCCCAAGCUGAUCUUGCCAUCAUUUCUCCAAAACUUAUCUCUACCACUGCAGUGUCUUCAGUGUCUAGUUACUCUCCCUUAUCCAUGUCCCUGAAGAAACACACACCAGUUUUGGACUCUGGCAUCUCUACCUUACAGAGCCUUUGUAGCGUAAAAAAAGAGCCCCAAGAGACAUCAAUGUUGGACAUUCAUAGCAUGACCGAAUCUACGCAGGGAAUGCUAAGGCACGUGAAAAAUGAGCUGGGACGAGGUACUGCAUGGAAAGACCAUUGGUGGAACACAGUUCCACAUGAAAGGAGAACGGCACCACCUGAAGACACAAAAGUUGAAGAGUCCAACUGCACAAAGGAGAAACUUAUCACUCAGAACAGGCCGGACCGACAAGGGCCCUCGUCUUCUUCAGAGUACUGGAAGGAGUGGCCAAAUGCUGAGUCUCCUUAUUCGCAGAGCUCGGAAAUCAGCAUGACGGGAGUCAGCCGCAGUGAAACGCCCCAGAACAGUCCGUUGCCUUCAUCGCCGGUUGUAUCAUUAACCAAACCAGCCAAACCGUCUGUCCCUCCACUAACUCCUGAACAGUAUGAGGUGUACAUGUACCAGGAAGUAGACACCAUCGAGCUCACCCGUCAAGUUAAAGAGAAACUUGCAAAAAAUGGAAUCUGCCAAAGGAUAUUCGGUGAAAAGGUGCUGGGCCUAUCACAGGGCAGUGUCAGCGACAUGCUGUCCAGGCCGAAACCCUGGAGCAAGCUGACCCAAAAAGGCCGGGAACCAUUCAUUAGAAUGCAGCUAUGGUUGAACGGGGAUCUUGGGCAGUGCGUCUUGCAGUCACAAGGACAGCAACAAGGACAAGCCCUGCAAUCUGCGGCAACUCAGCAGGAUCCUGUUAUUGAAGGAUGUCCAAGUCCAGAAAAUACUCCAAAGAGUUCAACCAGCUGCAGUCCAGCUCCAGAAUCUCCAAUGAGCUCCAGCGAAUCGGUAAAGAGUUUGACAGAACUGGUGCAACAGCCGUGUCCUACGAUAGAGACAAAAGAAGGAGAAACACAGGAGUCAAGUGAUGCAACUGCUGGUGACUCUCAGCCAGCUACACCUCUUCCAUUCCCUGGGCAUUCCUCGUUGAGCAUCCAAGAACUGGUAGCCAUGUCUCCAGAACUGGACACAUAUGGUAUCACCAAGAGAGUCAAAGAAGUUUUAACCGAUAACAAUUUAGGUCAACGUCUGUUUGGAGAAACUAUUCUUGGGCUCACUCAAGGCUCAGUCUCUGAUUUGUUGGCUAGACCAAAGCCAUGGCAUAAACUUAGCUUGAAAGGAAGAGAACCAUUUGUACGCAUGCAGAUUUGGCUCAAUGACCCAAACAAUGUAGAUAAGCUCAUGGAUAUGAAGCGGAUGGAAAAGAAAGCAUAUAUGAAAAGACGACACAGCUCAGUGAGUGACAGUCAACCAUGUGAUCCUCCAUCUGCAAGCCUGGAUUACAGCCAGGGUUCCAGUCCCCAGCCACAACAUCAUCUGAAGAAGCCACGAGUGGUGUUGGCUCCUGAGGAGAAAGAAGCUCUGAAAAGGGCUUACCAGCAAAAGCCAUACCCUUCUCCAAAAACUAUAGAGGAGCUUGCCACACAGCUAAACCUGAAAACCAGCACUGUUAUUAACUGGUUCCAUAAUUACAGGUCUCGUAUUCGCAGAGAACUGUUCAUUGAAGAAAUUCAAGCAGGAAACCACGGACAAAUUGGUUCCAGUGAUUCUCCAUCAGCUACAAGCAGUAGAGCAGCCCACAGUUCAGAGGGAGAUAGCUGUGAUGGAGUAGACAUGGAAAGCACAAGUGAUGGGAAGCAUGGUCUAUUAGAAGGAGAUGAAUUCAACAGUGACAACUCAAAGUCUCAGGGAGGACAGACUGAUUCAGCUUUUGAAGAGGGUGAAGAUGCUAGAUCUACUGAGAAACCAGAAUUCACCCGGUCAGACGGAGAUAGCUUGGUUGAUAGGGAGGAGGAAGGCCGGAGAAAGCUGCAAAGUCGGACUUCCCUUUCUGGAACUAGGUGUUCUGGGGAAACUUUAGACACAACACCGAAAUCUGCUACUGAAAAGCAUGCCUCUACCUCAGCUGCCUCAAGCUUGCUUCCCACAAAGGAAGGUUUCCAAAAACCUAAAGAGGAUUCUGAGAAACUAUCCAGCGUGCCAAGUACAAGCUCACAGAAAGGAAACUCUAUCCAGAGCUUGUUCAGCUUUUCUGAGACAUCAAGUUCCAAAAACACACGGGACAACACCUUGAGGAAAAAGAAAGCCGCAAACUUGAACAGCAUAAUUCAUCGUUUAGAGAAGGCCGCUAGCCGGGAAGAGCCCAUCGAAUGGGAGUUUUGAGAUUAAGUUAACCCUGGUUGCAGCAAACUAGGGCAAUUAAAUUGGACUUUUCACUGGUUAUAUCGUAUUGCGCACUUAUCGCCCUGCAGGCCACAGGGCAAAAACGCCAUAGGCCAAGGUGCAUAUAGAAUACAAAAAGGAGCAUUAAGCCCACUUUUAUGUUGUGUUUUCGAGGACGAAAACUGAAAUAUGUAGUCAAGCUUUUUUGUACCCUGAAGUGUUUUUACUAUUGCCCAAGUGAUUUUCACACUUUCUGGAAUAACUUACAGCUUUGCCUUGUGCCCACUUUUUUAACGUGGGCUUAAAAAAAGUACAAAAAAAACUUAAAAAAAAAAAA